AUGACGAUCAUAGAGCACUUUCUUCUAUUCCUCAUCACUACAAUCCUUAUUACACUAUGCGUAAAUGCUCUAAAAGAUUGUGAAGAUUGUGGCCACAUCAAAGUGCCAUACCCACUAAGCACUUCUCCAAAUUGUGGGGACCCAAAUUACAAGAUUAGAUGCAAUUCCGGCAUGCUUUGGUUCGACACAAUCAAUGGUUCCUCAUACAUUAUCACCUCGAUCAAUCCCACGUUGCAGCGUCUUGUGAUUCAGCCACCGGGUUUGGCCAACAACACGUGCAUGUCACGUGAUUUCAAGAACGAAGGGAUGUGGCUUGACACAAACUCACCCUUCAACAUUACUUCAAGUAACACUUUGAUCCUCAUGAACUGCUCCCUUGAGAUCUUGACCAUGCUGUUUAACUGUUCCUCGACCAGCAUUUGCCAUAAGUACAUUGAGGAGGGCAAUGCGGUAAUUUCUAAGAAUUGUGGCGUGACGAGCCACGCCUCGAAAUUAUGUUGUGAUGUAAAGACCGGUGGGUCUGCUACUUCACAUAGGAUUAGGGUUAGGGAAGAUCGUUGUGCUGCAUAUGCUAGCUUUCCCAAUUUGGAUCCCUCUUUGCCUGUGAGUAUGUGGCGGCCGGGGGUGGAGAUAGAGUGGCAGCUGCCGGCCGAGCCGUCGUGCAAGGUAGCGGGGAAUUGCUUGGAUGUGGCAAACUCUCGUUGUUUGCCGGAUCCCGUGGCAGGUGGAGAAGGUAAGUGCUUGUGCAAUGCUGGCUUUCAAUGGGAUCCGGUGAAUGGAAAAUGCCAAGAUACCAAGUGUCAGCAUGGAAGAGGAUGCAAGCUUCGUAAGAAAUCCCCGCUUAUUGGAGGGUUGAUAUUGGCUGGGACUAUCAUGGUAGCAGGAGCUUUGUUCACUGUAAUGGGCUAUUACUUUCAGAGGAAAAGGAUCAAAAGAGAGAUCCAAAAAAGAAUAACAAGCAAGGCACACUUCGUACUCAACUCAGACAACAAUGGUAGAUCUGCAAAAGUUUUCACCAUAAAGGAAAUCACAAAAGCAACCAACAACUUCUCGAAAUCCAACCUCCUCGGCGCCGGCGGCUUCGGCGAGGUAUUCAAAGGUGUUCUGAACGACGGAACCGUCACAGCCAUCAAGAGAGCAAAGCAUGGCAACAUAAGAGGCAUUGAUCAAAUCCUCAAUGAGGUUAAGAUCCUUUGCCAGGUCAACCAUAGAAGCUUAGUGAGGCUUUUGGGUUGUUGUGUUGAGCUUCCAAAUGAGCCUCUUCUUAUAUAUGAGUAUGUCUCCAAUGGCACCCUCUUUGACCACCUUCACAACAGGAACUCCAGCAAAUGGAUCCGUCUUGGGUGGCAUUCAAGGCUAAGAAUCGCACACCAAACAGCUGAAGGACUUGCGUAUCUUCACGAUGCAGCCAUACCCAAAAUCUACCAUAGAGAUAUCAAGUCAAGCAACAUUCUCUUGGACGAAAAACUCGACGCAAAGGUCUCAGAUUUCGGGCUUUCGAGGUUAGCGGCCAGCGAAGCGACCCACGUGACAACCUGCGCUCAAGGGACACUGGGCUACCUUGACCCAGACUACUACGUGAACUUUCAGCUCACAGAGAAAAGUGAUGUGUAUAGCUUCGGUGUUGUUCUGUUAGAGCUACUGUGUUCUAAGAAGGCUAUUGAUUUCAAUAGAGAAGAGGGGGAUGUGAAUUUGGUUGUUAUGGUGAAGAAGGCCUUGAAGGAAGGGAUGUUAAUGGAUAAAGUGGUUGAUCCAAUGCUGAAAAUUGGAGCUAGUAAGUUGGAGUUGGAGAGUAUGAGGGCUUUUGGGUCUCUUGCUGUUGGGUGCUUGGAUGAUAGAAGGGACAAUAGGCCCUCAAUGAAAGAUGUUGCUAACGAGAUUGAGUGCAUUAUUGGUAUUUUUGCUGAUGCUAAGGCUAUGGGGUAUUAA